UAACAAAGGACAAACAGAAGUCCAGCGACAACUCCAGCUCUUUCAAAACUAACUCUGAGUGCUCUAGAGAGAUCGGCCAGAAAUGGAGAAACCUAGACCCAGAGGAGAAGAAGUACUGGAAUGAGCUCGCUAGAAAAGAAAAAGAAUGGCACAGAAUGAAAUACCCAAACUACAAAUACACACCAACAAAGAAGAACGCAAACUCUUCACCACUAGUGUUAUAG